AUGGCUAUUGCUGCAGUUGGUCAGAUAUGCUCGACGGCGAGCAUGGCGCACAACCUCAAGCUAUGCAGCCAACUGGUCGCAAAAGCAGCAGCGGCAGGUGCAAAAGCACUCUUCCUCCCCGAGGCCAGCGACUACAUCGGCUCGUCACCGGCGGAGACGGUCUCGUUGUGCAAGUCGGUGCAGGAAAGCGAAUUUGUGCUCGGGCUGCAAGACGAGGCGCGCAAAUCCAAACUGCCUAUCAACGUGGGCAUCCACGAGCCGGCCGAUGGCGGAAAUAAAGUCAAGAACACCCUCAUCUGGAUCGACGAGCGCGGCGACAUCGUGCAGCGGUACCAGAAGCUGCAUCUCUUCGACGUCGAGAUCAAGGGCGGCCCAAUCUUAAAGGAGAGUCAGAGCGUGGAAAAGGGAACGUCCAUCCUCCCGCCUUUCGAGACACCAGUCGGGCGCAUAGGCAUGACUAUCUGCUUUGACCUACGCUUCCCCGAAAUCUCGCUCGCGCUGCGCCGCCAAGGCGCCCAGGUCCUCGUCUACCCGUCCGCCUUCACGGUGCCGACGGGGCGGGCGCACUGGGAGUCGCUGCUGCGCGCGCGCGCCAUCGAGACGCAGUCGUACGUCAUCGCCGCCGCGCAGUCGGGCUUCCACAACGAGAAGCGGUGCUCCUACGGCCACAGCGUCGUCGUCUCGCCCUGGGGCGAGGUUGUCGCCGACCUGGGCGGCUUCGACGCCCUCGACGGCUACAACGAGGUCGGCCGCCAGCCGCCGCCCAGCUUGGCCCUGGUGGAUUUGGAUCUGGCCUUCCUGGAGAAGGUCAGGGGAGAGAUGCCGCUCCUGAGGAGGACAGACGUGUACCCCGAGGUUUGA